AUGACCUCCACACAACCACCCGAGAUCCGCAACUCCCACACCGACAAUCAUGUAGAUACUACUGCUGCUAUCUCCGCGCCCGAGGCCGACGCCUCACGCCUCCGCAAGAAUCCGGACACCCAAUUCUUGUCGCCCGCCAUGUCAGUCGAUUCCUCCAUCGACGGCGACCAAGACAGCGUCAACACUGCCAUCCACGACGGCAGCUCGGCGCAGACCCGUAUACUUGCGCCGGCGCCUAUGCCCGAAUUCUCUCAGUCGCAGCGCUUAUCAGUAGAUGAUCACAACAGUAGCGACGACGACGAUGACAGCAGCUUCAGUGACAGCGACAGCGACAGCUUUAGCUCCAGCGACGAUGACGACGAAGAAAAUACCAACCUGAUCGCGAACGAAGACGACCCCAACCCCAACGAAGACAACAACAACGACGCCGACGAGAAACCCGUAACAUGGUCUUCACUACCGAAAAAGAGCCAACUCGCUAUCCUCACCAUCGCCCGUCUCUCAGAGCCACUCACCCAGACCUCCCUGCAAGCGUACAUGUUCUACCAGCUCAAGUCGUUCGACCCGUCCUUACCGGACUCGACUAUCUCCGGACAGGCAGGCAUCUUGCAGGGCAGUUUCACUGCGGCGCAGUUCCUGACGGCUGUGUGGUGGGGACGGCUAGCUGAUGCGGAGUGGAUGGGGAGGAAGAGAGUGUUGCUGAUCGGGUCGCUGGGGACGUGUAUCUCGUGCUUGGGAUUCGGGUUCUCGCGGUCGUUUGUGGCUGCUGCGGUGUUUCGCACGCUGGGAGGUGUGCUGAAUAGUAAUGUGGGUGUGAUGAGGACGAUGAUUGCGGAGAUUAUCGAGGAGAAGAAGUAUCAAUCUCGAGCGUUCCUCUUACUGCCCAUGUGCUUCAACAUCGGCGUCAUCAUCGGCCCAGUGCUGGGCGGUGCCCUAGCUGAUCCAGUCAAGAACUAUCCCCAGAUCUUCGGACCGGGCACAUUCCUCGGUGGUGCGAAUGGGGUGGAGUGGAUGCGCAAAUGGCCCUUCCUGUUACCAAACCUGCUCAGUGCAGUAUUCAUCUUCUGCUCGUUGCUAGCUGUCUUCUUCGGCUUAGACGAGACCCACGAAACAGCCCGCCACCGCAGCGACUGGGGCCGUCAACUCGGGCACCGGAUCUCACGCGCCCUCCGCCGCACCAAACACAAAGACAGCAAAUACUACCAACGUCUAACCGAACACCCCGACGACGAAUCCCUCUACAUCGACAACACCUCCCACCACCGCCGCAGCAUCAGCAUCAGCAGCCGCUCCUCCCGUCCAACCCCAAAGACACCAUCAUCCCGCCCCUCCUUCCGCCAAAUCUACACCCGCAACGUCCUCCUCACCCUCCUCGCCCAAUUCCUCCUCGCCUUCCACACCUCCGCCUUCAACGCCAUCACCUUCACCUUCCUCCCCACCCCGCGCGCCCCUCCCUCCACCAGAACCGGCUGGUUCCACUUCUCCGGCGGCCUCGGCCUGCCCUCCUCGCGCGUCGGGCUCGCCACCGCCAUCAUCGGGAUCAUCGGCCUCCCUUUACAAAUCUUCAUCUACCCCUGGGUCCAAGGCUACCUGGGUACCUUACGGUCCUUCCGCACCUUCCUACCUUUCUCCUCCCUCGCAUACGCCCUCAUGCCCUUCCUCCUCCUUCUUCCCCCCGCAGCAUACAUCGUCUGGCCUGCAUUCACCGUGGUGAUCGCACUGCAGGUCGUGUCGAGGACGUUCGCGCUCCCCGCUGCGGUCAUCCUAGUGAAUAAUAGUGUCUCGGAUGCGAAGGUGCUUGGCACGAUUAAUGGCGUCUCGCAGAGUAUUUCGUCGGCGGCGAGAACGUUAGGGCCGUUUUUGGGUGGCUGGGGGUUGGGUGAGGGCCUGAGGGGGAAUUUUGUCGGAGGUGUUUGGUGGGGGUUGGCCGUCGAGGCGAUGGUCGGGUGGGUUGUUUUGUGGUUUAUUUGGGAGGGGAGGGGGAUUGAGAGGAAGAAGAAGAGGUCUGCCAACAAGUAG